UGGGUCCUUCUAGCCUUUCAUUACUAAUGAAAAUAUUGCAUUAAAUACAUGUGUCCACACAUCUUUGUGCCGAUGUGUAUCUGUAGGCCAAUAGCCUUUUAAAUGCCUAUAGGAUUCGAUUUCCCUACACCUAGGCUUGGAGGCUCCACCCCACGUUUAUUUCCAUCUAGGUGGUGGGUCACAUGGUGGCAGCCUCAGACCAUUCCUGGGAGUGUGUCCCAUGAGGACAACAGCCACCUCCCAGAACCUUAUCCUCUGCAAACCUUCUCCUCCAGGUUAUUGACAUUCAAGGCAUUUGCCCAGCUCUUCAUCUUGGGGAGCUCCCGGGUGUUGGGCAUUUUCCAGAUUGGACCCUUGGCUGGUAUCAUGGCCUACCUGUUCACCAUCAUCAACAGCCUGCAGGGGGCCUUCAUCUUCCUCAUUCACUGUCUGCUCAACCGCCGGGUACGGGAAGAUUACAGAAGAUGGAUUACCAGGAAGACCACACCCGGAUCCCAGUCCCAGACAUCAGGGGUCAUACUGACAUCCUUUGCCUUCACUUCCAAAACGGGUUAAAGCUCUUUCUUGCUUUCAAAUACGCUAUGAAGCAACAUUUGAGGACAGCAGGUGCCGGCAGGAGCUGACGCUGAAAUCUUCUCUUCAUGGCUUAAUGUGGAAUUGCAGAUCUCACCAGCCCCAGGACUCUCUGGGUGAUUCAGAGCACUGAUGGGUGGGGCGUUCUUCCCACGUUCCAUGCGCUGGUGAGAAACAAGACUUUCUGUUCCAGAUUAAGAUUUUAUCUUCUAUGUUCUGCAGCCCUUUGAAUUUCCAGAGUUUUGAGGAAAUAACAGAUCCUAGU